CUCAGUGUGUCAGUGUUAUGAAGAAGUGGAGAGUCUGCUCCUCCCAAGCUAAUAUCAAAGGGCAAAAGGGGCUGUGAUAGAAGCAAACAUUCAGACUACAGCCAGAUGUGGAACUGGAGCAGCAGGAGGAAACGCAAGAACAUAGGUCGAUUCUGGUUUUCCUGAAGGAAGUGAAAAGGCAACCAAGAACAAACUGAUGUCAGAGGAGUGUACAAAUCUUGCCGGAUGCCUGCUUUCUUCCUCUUGGAACUUCUUUCUGUUAUUGUUUGGAGCACAGAGUGGCUGCUGUGAUGGAGAGUCUCAAGACGGAUACUGACAUGUCCUAUCCUGAGAUAACAGUAGAUGUGGGCAGAGUGAUCUUUGGAGAAGAAAACAGAAAGAAGAUGACCAAUAGCUGUUUGAAAAGAUCUGAGAAUUCUAGAAUUAUCCGGGCUAUAUGUGCGCUGUUAAAUUCUGGAGGUGGUGUGAUCAAAGCAGAGAUUGAUGACAAAACCUAUAGUUACCAAUGCCAUGGGCUAGGACAGGAUUUGGAAACUUCUUUUCAAAAACUGCUUCCUUCAGGUUCACAGAAAUACCUUGACUACAUGCAGCAGGGGCACAAUCUCCUGAUUUUUGUGAAGUCAUGGAGCCCAGAUGUUUUCAGCCUUCCACUGAGGAUUUGCAGCUUGCGCUCCAAUUUAUAUCAGAGAGAUGUGACUUCUGCUAUCAACUUGAGUGCUAGCAGUGCCCUGGAGCUUCUCAGAGAGAAAGAGUUUAGAGCCCAAAGAGGAAGACCAAGGGUGAAGAAGUUGCCUCCUCAGCAGGUUCUUGAUAGAUACAUUCAGGAAGAGGAAGAUAUGAGAAUAUUUGCCUCAGAAUUUUUUAAAAAGGACAAACUCAUGUAUAAGGAGAAACUCAACUUUACUGAGUCAACACAUGUUGAAUUUAAAAGGUUCACCACCAAAAAGAUUGUACCUCGGAUUAAAGAAAUGCUACCUCAUUAUGUUUCCGCAUUUGCCAACACUCAAGGGGGAUACAUCCUCAUUGGAGUGGAUGAUAAGAGCAAAGAAGUGGUUGGAUGUAAGCGGGAAAAAGUGAACCCUGACUUAUUAAAAAAAGAAAUUGAAAACUGCAUAGAAAAAUUGCCUACAUUCCACUUCUGCCAUGAGAAGCCAAAGGUAAAUUUCACCACAAAAAUCCUGAAUGUGUACCAAAAAGAUGUCCUGGAUGGUUAUGUCUGUGUGAUUCAAGUGGAGCCCUUCUGUUGUGUGGUGUUUGCAGAGGCCCCAGAUUCCUGGAUCAUGAAAGACAAUUCUGUCACACGGCUGACAGCUGAGGAGUGGGUGGUCAUGAUGCUGGACACUCAGCCAGCUCCUUCCAGUUUGAUCACAGACUACAACUCUUACCUGAUUUCAUCAGCUUCAUCUGAACGGAAAAGUCCUGGAUAUUCCAUAAAAGUCUAUGAAUUGAAGGAGGCUCUGCAACGACAUUUAUUUCCAGUGACACAGGAAGAGGUACAAUUUAAACCAGAAUCCCUCUGUAAGAAGCUGUUCUCAGAUCAUAAAGAGCUGGAGGGAUUAAUGAAGACCCUGAUACAUCCUUGUUCUCAGGGAAUUGUGAUAUUUUCUAGAAGCUGGGCUGGUGAUGUUGGCUUCAGGAAAGAACGGAAUGUCCUGUGUGAUGCUCUCCUAAUAGCAGUUAACAGCCCCUUGGUACUCUAUUCAAUCUUAAUAGACCCCAGUUGGCUUGGAGGACGUGAAUAUGCCCGAAACACAGCUCAUCGGUUAAAGCAGAAACUGCAAACUGUUGGUGGUUACGCAAGGAAAGUGUGCAUCAUUCCAAGGGUGAUACACCUGGCCAGCACACAGAGUAGACCUGGUGAGAUCCCCCUGUGCUACCCGAGGUCCUAUAGGCUUGCUGAUGAGGAGGAAAUGGAAGACUUGCUGCAGGCUCUUGUGGUGGUCUCCCUGUGCUCCAGAUCUCUUCUGAGCGACCAGCUGGGCUGUGAGUUUUUCAACUUGCUCAUAAUGGAGCAGAGCCAGUUGCUUUCUGAGAGCCUUCAAGAGACGCGUGAAUUAUUUAUCUACUGCUUUCCAGGAACCAGGAAGACAGCUCUAGCCAUACAAAUCAUGGAGAAAAUUAAGGACUUGUUUCACUGCAAGCCAAAAGAGAUCCUCUAUGUUUGUGAAAGUGACUCCCUAAAGGAUUUUGUGACCCAACAAACCACCUACCAAGCUGUGACUCGGAAAACUUUCAUGCAAGGGGAGUUUCUAAAGAUUAAACACAUAGUGAUGGAUGAGACUGAGAAUUUCUGUAGUAAAUACGGCGAUUGGUACAUGAAGGCUAAGAACAUCACACAUCCAAAGGUGAGGUGGCCUGGAAGUGAAAACCAUCACCAUGGGAUUCUCUGGCUUUUUCUUGACCCUUUUCAAAUCCAUCACGCAGAUGUCAAUGGCCUUCCCCCUCCAUCUGCUCAGUUUCCUCGAAAAACAAUCAGCAGAGGGAUCCACUGUGCUCUGGAAAUAGCAAAGGUCAUGAAAGAAGAAAUGAAGAGGAUCCAAGAAAAUCCUCCCUCCAACAUGUGUCCAGACACAUUAGCAUUGUUCAGGGAGGCUGCCUAUGAGGAAGCCAUGCAUGCCCAGGCUCUGCCUGGGGUGUGUGAGACAAAGACUAAUUUGACAACGGAACAAAUAGCUCACUAUGUGGCAAGAAAAUGUCAUAGCCUGUUCCAGUAUGGCUAUCUGCCCAAAGAUAUAGCAAUUCUGUGCAGGAGAGGGGAGGACAGAGGACGCUAUAAGCUUGCACUGCUAAAAGCAAUGGAAUUAACUGAGACCCACAGAGCACCAGAGGUUGUGUUUAGCCAGGCCACUGGUGUUUGCGGAAGUCACAUUGUUUUAGACAGUAUUCAGCAAUUUUCAGGUCUGGAGAGGACUAUCGUGUUUGGGCUUAGUCCAGAAUGUGACCAGUCAGAGGAAUUUCAUAAGCUCUGCUUUGCCUCAAGAGCCAUUAAACACCUCUACUUGCUUUAUGAAAAGAAAGCAGUCUUCUGAAAAUUAUUACAAAUAAUACAGGAGGCAGGAAGAGCAGAGUCCUUUCUCCUAGACAGGUGGCAGUGAUUCCUUUUUAAUAUUACAAGUAAGGAAACCAAGACACAUCAGUAUUUCCUGGAGCCACAGAAAUGUCUCUUAGGGCUGAACCUUCCAUUCUAUUUUAAUGCCACUGGCCUUUUCACAGUCUCGUUCACCUCCUACCUACACAAUUACAACAGACUUAUAAUUAGUCCCCCAUCUCCAGCUUUCCUACUCAAUCCAGCUGUCAUCCAUCAAACAGAGUUCUCCUCAAAUAGAGAACUGACUUUAUGUAAUACCUUGCUAACCUAUCUUCAGUGAGUCCCCACAGCCUUCAAACCUAACCAGUUUUUAAGGCUUUCAUUAAUAUGCCCUGACUUGCUUUCCCAAUCACAUCCUUUAUUAUAUCUCUAUCUCCCAGUGUUUCUCAUGCACCCCAGCCUACCUGGCCUAUUUUUCGGAUGGUGGUAUGGUGCCCUCCAGGCAAGUUACUUUGCCUUUGUCACAAAAGCAGCCAGUUGACUGGCACCUCAUGCUGGCUAUGGGUCUCAAACUUUUCAGGUCCAGAACUCGAUUGCCUUUUUGCACCAAGUCUAGAUCAGUCUCUUGGAGAUAAUUUAUGCUAAUUAAGCUCACAAAGGACCAAAUCGUAAAUGAAAAUGCUACUCUGUUAAUUUAUAGUGAGGACCAUAGUAAUAAGUGGGCCAGUGCCCUCAACAGUAAUAUAGGAAGCCAAAUUAUAUGAGCAUAGCCUUGCAGUAAGGGAAGCUAGUAAUUUGAUUCAAUUAUUAAAAGUCUUCAGGCUGUAUUAGACUAUUGCAAUAUCUAUUAGGUUGGUGUGAAAGUGCAAAAACCGCAUUUACUUUUGAACCAACCUCAUAUAAAAUAAAAUUGAAAUCAUUUCUAAAAUAAAGAUAUUUCCAUCAAAAGGACUAGACAAGUUAGUUUACAGGUUUACAAGCUAAAGCAAAUUUAGAAUGCUAAGGAUGACUACUUUUCAUUAUUCUCUGCCCUCAGAUGAAAUCUUUUUUUCUGUCCUGAUUACUAAAGUUUCCAGGUUGAUCACCAACCCUUUCCUCACUGCCCCCAACAUAUACAAAUUUGGCCUACCUUCAAUCUCUACGUAUAUGAAUACACUCACGUAGGCUAGGAACUCCUUAUACUCUGCUGCUAGCCUGGAAAGUAGUCUUCCUAUAAGGGGCCUUUGCACAUUGCUGAUCUCUUCCAUUAUGACUUGGUGUUAAUUUUUAAAUCCAGCUCUCAGAGUUUAUGGGGAUCCUGGGUGUCAACUUUAUCACCGACAGCACCCCCACACAUCCCUGACUCCUGCUCUGCACCUGUGCCAUUUUCUCAGUCUUUAAACCCUUUUCUGUCCCCUCCACCUUUGAAAUCCUUACUUGUCAAUCAAAUCCUUGUUCAAAUGCCUAUUACCUCAAUUAAACUUUUACUAUCGUCCUAAGUGAAACUUUCCAAUGUAAAUGAUACAUAUUAGAGAUAAAAUCAAAGUUUCCUUUUUCUAGUCAGCUCCCCGAAUGGCUGAGCCAGUCCUGUGCUCUUCAAAAUACUCUUGCUUUUGCAAGGAUUUUUAAACUGCUUUGGAAGUAUUCUUAUUUCCAAACUGUUUUUAACUUCUAGAAAAGUUUAAGACAACUUGAUUGACUCUGGGGAGGCUUGAAUCUGGGAAAACAUGGGGAAAUUUUGGUUAUAAUUUUAGAUAAAGCCCCUCAGUCUUCCAAGAGGUGGAAGAGUAGGCAGGGUUUCUAGAAGCUCUCUUAGCUACCUUUUUGAAUUAUUUAGAAGAGCUAGCCUGCACGUAGGCAUGGAUUGAAAAGAAAAACCUCUCCCUUGCUUCCCACUGCUCUAAUUACCUGGUGUUUCUUCCUUUUUACCUUUCCUUGGGAGCUUUAGGGUACUUUUGGGUAGAAGGAAAUGAAGUUUAGCAAUUAGUUUUGCAAAAGAUGCCAAUGCAUUAACAUUCUGAUGAAGGAGAUGUAUGAAUUCCAUAAAAAUAAAGAGUCAAAGUCAACAGGAUAAGAAGGAGUAUGGGUGGGACAGAGAAUUGCUAUAUUUUAGUCAUAAGCCUUAGUACCAUUUGACUUU